UAAUGACAUCCCUAAUUAUGUUGUUUACAAAAUUGCAAAAUUAAAACUGCAUUUACUUGGUUUUCGUUGUGAUUCCAUCGAAAUAACAUGAUCUGUCGCCUGUGCCUGCGCUGCCUGAGUCCAGGGAGUGCUGUAUUUCUUUUUGAGACGGACGAUACGCUUGCAGAGACGCGCCUGGUCAAGAUGAUCGCCAAAUUCCUGCAGCUGGAGAUUCUGCCGGACGAUGAUAUCUCGACGAGCGUGUGCACCGAUUGCUGCGAGCACCUGGAGGACUUCAACGCCUUCUGGCAGCUGGUGGAGCAGAAACAGUGCUCGCUGAAUAAGGAGUUCCUCCCCGUGGAUGUCGACUGCGCGGGAAUGAAGUGGACGAGCGGCGUAGACGUGGACGUUAAUAUCGACGAGCUGCCGCUGGCUGCGGGCGACAUGGACGAAAAGCCGCUGGACCUGCACAACCUGAGCGUGCUGGGCAGCGUUCUGGACGUGAAUGUAGACAGUGUGGAGGUCAGGGAGCAGGUUAAAGAGCGGCUGCCCUGCGGGUCCGAGGCGGAGGACGAAAAACCCAGCUUGCAGGCUGGUGAAAGCGAACCGGAGGCACCCGAGCUUCAGCUCGACGAAAACUCCUCGGAUGAAGAUGAACCCCUGGUCCGGCUGCAAACCAAGACAAAGUCCAAGCGAAAAUCAGUGGCGCGCUCCAGGGAUCAGGGUCCACUUUCCUUGCAGCGGAAACUCGCUGAUUUACACGACGAUGGCAACAAGCGGCCACGCAGGAAGCCAGGUGGCCAGCGAGCACCCACGGAGGUGCAGGAGACCGAACUGCAGGCCGUGCUUGAGCGCAAACCCAAGGGCUGCUCGCGCGCCCAGCUGGCCAAGCGCUACGAGGAGGCCAUCGCCAGCUACAUGAGUGCAAACUGCGAUCUGUGCGAAUUCAGCGCACCGUAUCUAUCCGAGCUCAAAACACACUUCCUGGAGGUGCACCAGCGCGAGUAUUACAUCAAGUGCUGCGGCAAGAUCUUCACGCGGGCUUCCAAGCUGAUGGACCACAUCCGCAAGCAUGUCAAUCCCAAGCUCUUCACUUGCACCAUUUGCCAAAAGUCGCUCAACUCGCAGGACUACCUGGCCACCCACAUUGAGACGGUGCAUAACAAGGUCGCCCAGAUCGGCAAGGUGCUGAAGUUUCCCUGUACCAAGUGCGAGCGAACCUUUAGCAGCGAGAGGCGGAUGACCAAUCACCUGGCCAAGCACGACACCGACCAGCUGGAACACACCUGCGAGAUCUGCUGCAAAAGCUUCGCCAAUAUACACAGACUCCGCCGGCACAUCCAAUCCAUCCACGAGGACCUGCAUCGUCACGUCUGCGACAUCUGCGGCAAGAAGUUCAAGUUUAAGCCCUCCUUCGAGCGCCACUUGCUGGAGCACCAGGGCGUGGUGGCGCCGGCGGUGGAGUGUCCGGUGUGCGGGGUGUGGCUAAAGAACGAGCACAGCCUGCGGCUGCACCGCUUCACGCACGACAGCACGGACACCGUCUGUCCGCACUGCGGCAAGACCUGCACAUCGCGGACAGCGCUCCGCGGCCAUGUGAAGUACGCCCACAAGCUGACCACCAAUCUGCAGUGCACGUUCUGCGAGAAGAGCUUCAAGCAGCAGCGCAACCUGGACGAGCACAUGGCCAUCCACACCGGCCUGCAACUGUACAAUUGCCCGCACUGUCCGAAGGAAUGCCGCUCCCGGUCCAACAUGUACGUCCACAUCAAGCAGCGGCACGCGGACGAGUGGCUGCGCGCCAAAAUGGCGCGAUCGCACAAUCCCCAGUUCAAGCCGGGAUCCACCGAUGUUUAAUCCUGAUCGCGGGCACAUGUGUUUAAUCAUUAUACAUAUAAUUAUCUAUA